AUGCAUCAAGUUGACAUGUCUCUUAUGUUGUUUACACAUUAUUUAUUUGGUUAUGUCGGUACAACUAUGUGUUCAAUAGGACUUGCUCUUACUCUAUGUUCUGUUUAUGUAUUUACUCGGCGACAAAUGCGUAGUGUUGUUUCUACUUAUUUGACUGGUUUGAGUAUCAGUGAUAGUUGUCUAUUAUUAUUGGGCCUUGUUUUUGCCAUUAAUUCUUCUAUUCCUCCCAAUCGACAAAGUGAAUCGUUUUAUUCUUCACGACUUCAUAAAUAUCUAUUUCCGUAUGUAUAUGCUUGUAUUAUUUGGUUUCAAUUCACGAGUGUUUGGGUGAUAAUUGGCUUCGCUAUUGACAGAUGGUUUGCUAUAAAAUGGCCAAUGCUUCAUUACACGCACAGCUCGAAAAGAGCUUCGUAUAUUGUAGUGACAAUUUAUUGUUUGGGUUUUAUCUAUGCAUUACCACGAUUUUUUGAAUAUAAAACAGAAGUGCGACGUGAACAAUUAGCUGUAAUUGAAAACUAUACGGAAUAUAUUGAUCAUAUUGUGAUAAAGAAUAAAUUACUUAAUAAUCGUUUCUAUCAAUAUACCGUUCAUAUUAUUCUUUACAGUCUUUUGCAAAGUAUUCUUCCACUUCUAUUGUUGUCUUAUUUCAAUGUCGAACUUAUUCGAAGUGUUCAUGCUAGUUCGAAUUUUCUCGAACGUUGUACACCUGUUUAUGGGCAAAAUGCACGUGCAGCAGGUGAAGUAACUGUAUCACGUUAUAGAGACGGUGUAGCAACACGUUCAGUGAUAUGUUUAAUUGGCCUAUUCACGAUAUGCCAAGUGCCAGCGCCAAUACUUCAUUACAUAUACAUGUUUUAUCGCAAUCACAAAUGGCUUUAUAUUUGUUAUGACAUCUCAAAUUUUCUUAUUUUAUUCAAUAGUACCCUAAAUUUUUUUAUUUUUACAUGUUUUAAUCGAAAAUUUCGUCGGGAAUUAACAAAUAUUUGUUGCCGCAGAUCGGCUCGAGCUGGUGCGUCACGCAAAUUACUGAGGUAUCAAGCGACGGGAGGAACAAGCUUGCGCGCGCGCCCAGCACAACAGAACUCCUUCAAUACUUCUCAUCAAAACUACUGGGAAUAUCAGAAACGAAUUAAUAAUGGCUGCUGCUAUCCUCUACGAAAACAGUCAACCGACUCGGAAUCUCAAUAUUGCUCAAUGUAUAGACUGAAGAAUUCUUCAAUUAAUAAUAAUAAUAAUAAUAAUAAUAAUAAUAAUAAUAAUAAUAACAACCAAUCAAAAUAUGUUCAAUAUUCUAUAUGUGGAUGUAAUCAUAAAACAGAUUCCCCUAAAGAAUCGACAUCAUCAAGCUUUAAUCCGCAAACAUCAAAAUGUAAAAAAAAUGAUAUUUAUUCACGUCAUAAUACACAGCAAUCUUCAUUAAAUCGCAAACAAUCUUUGUCACACCAAGAAAAUGACCUGAAUAAUAUUCAUAGUCACGAACAAAAAAUUCAAUAUAUCGCAUUUCAAUGUAAAACGAAUCAUCAAAAAGUGACGAAACAAUCAUCUUCAAUUUCGCCGACAACAGCAAAUGUAAAUCAGCCACAAACACAAUCCAAAGUGUAA